AUGUCUGGAAGUUUCUACUUCGUCAUUGUAGGCCAUCAUGAUAAUUCAGUUUUUGAAAUGGAAUUCUUACCAGCUAGAAAAGUGGAAUCUAAGGAUGAUCAUGAUCAUCUGAACCAGUCCAUAGCUCAUGCAGCCCUUGACCUAGUAGAUGAAAAUACGUGGCUGUCUAACAAUAUGUACCUGAAAACUGUGGACAAAUUCAACGAUUGGUUUGUUUCUGCUUGUGUUACUGCAGGCCACAUGAGAUUUAUUAUGCUUCAUGACAUAAGAAAAGAAGAUGGAAUAAAGAACUUCUUUAGGGAUGUCUAUGAUUUAUAUAUAAAGUUUGCAAUGAAUCCAUUUUAUGAACCAAAUUCACCCAUUUGAUCAAGUGCAUCUGACAGAAAAGUUCAAUUUCUUGGGAAGAAACACC